AUGCCUGGCAUGGGUCAGGCCAACGCCGGGCAUGGGUCAGGCCAACGCCGGGCAUGGGUCAGGCCAAUGCCUGGCAUGGGUCAGGCCAACGCCGGGCAUGGGUCAGGCCAACGCCGGGCAUGUGUCAAGCGAAUGCCGGGCAUGGGUCAGGCCAACGCCGGGCAUGGGUCAGGCCAACGCCGGGCAUGGGUCAGGCCAACGCCGGGCAUGGGUCAGGCCAACGCCGGGCAUGGGUCAGGCCAACGCCGGGCAUGGGUCAGGCCAAUGCCGGGCAUGGGUCAGGCCAACGCCGGGCAUGGGUCAGGCCAAUGCCGGGCAUGGGUCAGGCCAACGCCGGGCAUGGGUCAGGCCAACGCCGGGCAUGGGUCAGGCCAACGCCGGGCAUGGGUCAGGCCAACAGCGCAACGCCGGGCAUGGGUCAGGCCAAUGCCAGGCAUGGGUCAGGCCAACGCAGGGCAUGGGUCAGGCCAACGCCGGGCAUGGGUCAGGCCAACGCCGGGCAUGGGUCAGGCCAACGCCGGGCAUGGGUCAGGCCAACGCCGGGCAUGGGUCAGGCCAACGCCGGGCAUGGGUCAGGCCAACGCCGGGCAUGGGUCAGGCCAACGCCGGGCAUGGGUCAGGCCCAUGCCGGGCAUGGGUCAGGCCAAUGCCGGGCAUGGGUCAGGCCAACGCCGGGCAUGGGUCAGGCCAACGCCGGGCAUGGGUCAGGCCAACGCCGGGCAUGGGUCAGGCCAAUGCCGGGCAUGGGUCAGGCCAAUGCCUGGCAUGGGUCAGGCCAACGCCGGGCAUGGGUCAGGCCAACGCCGGGCAUGGGUCAGGCCAAUGCCUGGCAUGGGUCAGGCCAACGCCGGGCAUGGGUCAGGCCAACGCCGGGCAUGUGUCAGGCGAAUGCCGGGCAUGGGUCAGGCCAACGCCGGGCAUGGGUCAGGCCAACGCCGGGCAUGGGUCAGGCCAACGCCGGGCAUGGGUCAGGCCAACGCCGGGCAUGGGUCAGGCCAACGCCGGGCAUGGGUCAGGCCAAUGCCGGGCAUGGGUCAGGCCAACGCCGGGCAUGGGUCAGGCCAACGCCGGGCAUGGGUCAGGCCAACGCCGGGCAUGGGUCAGGCCAACGCCGGGCAUGGGUCAGGCCAACGCCGGGCAUGGGUCAGGCAACAGCGCAACGCCGGGCAUGGGUCAGGCCAAUGCCAGGCAUGGGUCAGGCCAACGCCGGGCAUGGGUCAGGCCAACGCCGGGCAUGGGUCAGGCCAACGCCGGGCAUGGGUCAGGCCAACGCCGGGCAUGGGUCAGGCCAACGCCGGGCAUGGGUCAGGCCAACGCCGGGCAUGGGUCAGGCCAACGCCGGGCAUGGGUCAGGCCAACGCCGGGCAUGGGUCAGGCCAAUGCCGGGCAUGGGUCAGGCCAAUGCCGGGCAUGGGUCAGGCCAACGCCGGGCAUGGGUCAGGCCAACGCCGGGCAUGGGUCAGGCCAACGCCGGGCAUGGGUCAGGCCAACAGCGCAACGCCGGGCAUGGGUCAGGCCAAUGCCAGGCAUGGGUCAGGCCAACGCCGGGCAUGGGUCAGGCCAACGCCGGGCAUGGGUCAGGCCAACGCCGGGCAUGGGUCAGGCCAACGCCGGGCAUGGGUCAGGCCAACGCCGGGCAUGGGUCAGGCCAACGCCGGGCAUGGGUCAGGCCAACGCCGGGCAUGGGUCAGGCCAACGCCGGGCAUGGGUCAGGCCAACGCCGGGCAUGGGUCAGGCCAACGCCGGGCAUGGGUCAGGCCAACAGCGCAACGCCGGGCAUGGGUCAGGCCAAUGCCAGGCAUGGGUCAGGCCAACGCCGGGCAUGGGUCAGGCCAACGCCGGGCAUGGGUCAGGCCAACGCCGGGCAUGGGUCAGGCCAACGCCGGGCAUGGGUCAGGCCAACGCCGGGCAUGGGUCAGGCCAACGCCGGGCAUGGGUCAGGCCAACGCCGGGCAUGGGUCAGGCCAACGCCGGGCAUGGGUCAGGCCAAUGCCGGGCAUGGUUCAGGCCAAUGCCGGGCAUGGGUCAGGCCAACGCCGGGCAUGGGUCAGGCCAACGCCGGGCAUGGGUCAGGCCAACGCCGGGCAUGGGUCAGGCCAACGCCGGGCAUGGGUCAGGCCAACGCCGGGCAUGGGUCAGGCGCAACGCCGGGCAUGGGUCAGGCCAAUGCCAGGCAUGGGUCAGGCCAACGCCGGGCAUGGGUCAGGCCAACGCCGGGCAUGGGUCAGGCCAACGCCGGGCAUGGGUCAGGCCAACGCCGGGCAUGGGUCAGGCCAACGCCGGGCAUGGGUCAGGCCAACGCCGGGCAUGGGUCAGGCCAACGCCGGGCAUGGGUCAGGCCAACGCCGGGCAUGGGUCAGGCCAACGCCGGGCAUGGGUCAGGCCAACGCCGGGCAUGGGUCAGGCCAACGCCGGGCAUGGGUCAGGCCAACAGCGCAACGCCGGGCAUGGGUCAGGCCAAUGCCAGGCAUGGGUCAGGCCAACGCCGGGCAUGGGUCAGGCCAACGCCGGGCAUGGGUCAGGCCAACGCCGGGCAUGGGUCAGGCCAACGCCGGGCAUGGGUCAGGCCAACGCCGGCAUGGGUCAGGCCAACGCCGGGCAUGGGUCAGGCCAACGCCGGGCAUGGGUCAGGCCAACGCCGGGCAUGGGUCAGGCCAACGCCGGGCAUGGGUCAGGCCAACGCCGGGCAUGGGUCAGGCCAACGCCGGGCAUGGGUCAGGCCAACGCCGGGCAUGGGUCAGGCCAACGCCGGGCAUGGGUCAGGCCAACGCCGGGCAUGGGUCAGGCCAACAGCGCAACGCCGGGCAUGAGCCAACGCCGGGCAUGGGUCAGGCCAACGCCGGGCAUGGGUCAGGCCAACGCCGGGCAUGGGUCAGGCCAACGCCGGGCAUGGGUCAGGCCAACGCCGGGCAUGGGUCAGGCCAACGCCGGGCAUGGGUCAGGCCAACGCCGGGCAUGGGUCAGGCCAAUGCCGGGCAUGGCACAGGGUUGGGCAGAUGA